AAACAUGGAGAGGUCAGACCACGAUAUGAAAGGAAAGUCCAAGAGGAAGAGGAGGAGGAGGUGUAAAGGCAAAGAGCGAGGCAACGUGUUAUCAACCCUCAUCAGUCCCAUAAGACACUGGGAUACUGGAGCGUCAUCAGCUGAAGAUGCAGACAAUUCAAGUACGAGCAGUUUGGAGGUGAAAGAGAAUCAGGAUGAUAUAAUCCAGGUGGACUGCGACUUACUACGAAAAUAUCAUCCAUCAACUUUUUGCACAACUUUCCCCAGACACGGACCCAAAGCCCUGAAGAGGAAGCAGCCGUUGGUGGAUGGAAAGGACCGGCUGCUCUACCAAAGCCACUUGACCUGUAAAAGAGCGACCUGGGCUGUUACUCAGAAGAACGCGCUGGUGCAGCUGAACGAGUUACGACCUGGGCUGCGGUAUGAGAUCGUCUCAAAGACUGGUCCUCUGCACGCUCCGGUGUUUUCUGUAGGUGUGGAGGUCAACGGUCUCCGAUUUGAGGGUCGAGGACCUACAAAGAAGCAGGCUAAGAUGAGGGCUGCAGAGCUGGCUCUCCGGUCAUUCAUCCAGUUCCCAAAUGCGUCCCAGGUUCACGCUGUUAUGGGGAACUUCACCAGCACACCUAUGGAUUUUACAGCAGAUAAACUGGACAUCCCUGAUGUAUUCCUCAAAGGGUUAGAGCCAUCGCUGUGUGAGAACUGUGAUCUCCUGCACUGUAACACAGCAAAGAAGGAGGUUUUCUCCAGCAUUUACAACUACAAACGACUUGUUCCACUCACACUGGACUUGGUCUCCUCGACAAAUCCAAAAAGACGAGCCCUCAGCACAUCACUUUUAGAGCACCUCAGCCCAGUGGCACUGCUCAAUGAGCUGCGACCAGGACUCAGGUAUAUGUGCCUGGCGGAAAGAGUUCAUGGCAGAGUGAUGAGGAAUUUUGUAAUGGUGGUAAGGGUGGAGGGCAGGGUGUUUGAAGGGUGCGGUCAUAGUAAAAGACUGGCAAAGGCACAAGCAGCAGCAGCCGCCCUGCAGUCUCUUUACAACAUGAGUCUAGGACCGGAGAGGAAGGUCAUGGGCCUCCAGGGCAGCAGAGCCAAAAAUCAGCUACCUCAGUUCUUCGCCGAGUCAAUCUUCCACCUGGUGAGAGAGAAAUACACGGAGCUGACAGACAGCUGUUUCUCUACCUCGCACGCCCGUCACAAGGUCCUGGCAGGGAUCGUAAUGACCAGAGGGUUUGACCUCCGAUCAGCCCAGGUCGUGUCUCUGGCCACGGGGACUAAGUGUCUGGACCUGGACCAUGUGACCGACCGCGACUCGACGCUCAGCGACUGCCACGCUGAAGUCGUCAGCAGAAGGGCGCUGGUUCGAUUCCUGUACACUCAGCUGGAGCUGCUGCUCUGUAAGUCAGCAGACGGUGGGGAACCAUCGAUCUUUGUAGCAAAUAAAGGCGGGUUACAGCUGCGGGACGGCGUCCUCUUCCACAUGUACGUCAGCUCGUCACCGUGCGGAGACGCUCGACUCAACUGCCCCUACGAGACCACAGCCGCAUACCCCAGCAGGAGGUUUCGCUGUCACCUGAGAGUGAAGGUGAACGGAGGCGAGGGGACGCUGCCGGUCACGGCACGGAGAGCCAAUCAGAAAUGGGACGGCGUGUCACCGGGUAAACCUCUGGUCACCAUGUCCUGCACCGACAAAAUGGCAAAGUGGAGCGUCGUGGGACUCCAGGGGGCACUCCUGUCUCACCUGGUGGAGCCGGUUUACCUGCACAGCCUCACGGUGGGGACGUUGAGCCACACGGGUCACCUGGGCAGAGCCUUGACACGCCGCCUCGCACCCGUCAAGCACCUGCCCCUCCCCUACCGCCGCCGGCGGGUGCUGCUCAGCUGUCUGAGCAGCAACGAGGUUCGGCCUGCGGGGAAGGCCCCAAACGUCAGCGUAAACUGGAGCUGCGGUGAUGGAGGCCUGGAGGAGAUCAGCACCUCCACAGGAAGGAGAAGGGACUCUGGGACGCCGUCACAGCUCUGCAGGAGCUCCCUGUUUGCCCGCUGGCAGAGGCUGCAGCAGCAGUUGAAUGGCCAGAUAUCGGACGCAGGAGCCGUGACAGGGACAUACUGUGGCUCCAAAAUAGCUGCUGGAUGCUACCAGAGGGCGCUGCAGCAGUUUACUGGAGCUCUGCAGGUUGGAGGUCUGGGAACGUGGCUCAGAAAACCUCCACAGCUGGAUCACUUAAACGUCAGUGUGUGAAAAACUGUGCUAAAGGCUGAGUAUGGAGUAACGAGGGAAGCUCGUGUUUUUUCUUUGUGAGUAUAUGUGGAUGAAGUACAAAGAAUAAUUAUUAUGCAAAUGAGCACAAAGCAUACACAAAAGCAAAUCAAAUUUAGGCAAAAACUGGAGUAGACUUCUUAGCGUGUAAUGCUAGCUUAAAUAGCCUAAACGCUGCAGCUUUGGAGGCUAAAGCUAGCUUGUCUGGCUAGCUUAAACCUUAACAACCUUGUCGCUGUAACCACUUAGCUAGCUACCUGGCUCACUGGUGUAACACUGAAGAUAUUUUUAAGUUUAACUAAGCAAUAUGCAGUGUUUGAGUAAAAUUUAACUUGAAAACUUGGAAAGAAACAGCCACACUUUGGAGCUGGAUGUGUAAAUGCAAAGUGUAAAAGAGAUGGUGGCAAAAUGGCUGCAAACACUCAAAUCAGAUUAAUUAGUUAAUCAAAAGGGGAGCCAUACACGGUUAUGUUUCAUUUGUUGAUAGAAAUAUCCCUAGAAAUAUGUAACAAAAUAAAAAAAGCUUGUUAAAAAAAAGCUGAAUAAAAUAAUUUCAAAUACUCCGGUGUGACUACAAGGCAACUUUUGGUGGUAAAUAUGGCCCAAAGUCAGUAUUUACAAAUAUUUUUUAUAAAAUUUUCUUUUUGCAAACAUGGCAUGAAUGUUGCAUAAUCCGACAGGAAAUAGACACUAGAAGAUACUCCUGAUUUGUUGUAAUUAAUGUGAAUGAAGGGUCAAGGGUCAUUUUUGCUGGCCAAAUAUGAAGAGCAUUCACUCAAUGAUUCAGUUGGACAUCUUACAUGUUCAAAGUUUAUAUUUACACACUUCUGAGGACACUCCAUUGCGUAACUCUAAAAUGAUCUUAAACCCAGUUUUAACACUUUGUAGCAGUGAGAACAGACCUCAUAAGGUCCAAGCCCAUAUUGGUCCUCUGAAACACUACAAUACAGUAGCGCGCGCGCACACGCGCGCACACACACACACACACACACACACACACACACACACACACACACACACACACACACACACACACACACACAAAAAUAGUUUUUGUCAUAUAGCUGGACAUUGCACUGACUUUCAAUUCCUCGGUGACCUACUUAUCCUAAUCUUAAAACCAAGUCUUUUACCUUGGGGGGACCAGUUCAGUUUUGGUCCAGUCCUCACAAUGAGACUUUGUGAACAGUCAUAUCCACUAUAAUGUGAUAAAUACAAGAUACCUGAUGACUGCAAAGCAAAAUCUUUUUUAGUAACAUCAGCUCCUGGUUUCCUUUUCUACUGAACUGAAAGUCACAUUUUAAUUUUAUUCUUUGUUUUUUUGUGUUAGUUUUCUUUUAGAAAAUGUGUCCUCUGUUAUUUCAGUAAUCUAUAUUUGAUGUAACUGUAUGUUAUCAUGUUAUUUCAAGUUUUUUCACACUCAUUCAUUUUGAACAGUGUUGUAAAGGGCCAGUGUAUAUCAAACUCAGGAGUGUGAAGACAUGCCGCCACCUAGAGGAAGAUUGUGUGCAUUACAUAUAGUUUUUUUAAUUAUUUGUUUUCUCUUAAAUUUUUUCAUCUAGAUGUUUUUUCUUUUAUUUCUUUAAAGGCUUAAGUUAUUCACAAAUAUCCCAAAGGCUGUUAUUGUGUUCUAUUUUUUGUCAAUGUUUAUUUCUAGAAAAGUUUUGAGGUAAGGAAUGUAAAAGAAUAUUUCUAUGUAAGGCCAGUGUUGUUAAAUGCUAUGUAAACUUUUAUUAUUAGGUAUGCAGAAUGUAUGUAGUUUAUAUUGGUCAUGACUAUUUUUAUCACUGCAAAUAAAUAAACUUAUUUGUGUUAGUUUUUGUGUUUGUUUAUCCUGCAUGACAUCAGAUACUGAGGUAAAAUAACUACCUAUAGAAGAAUAUGGGCGUCAUUCACAUACACUCAAAAACCACUCAACUAGAAAACAUUCAAACAGCACAAAUGGUUUAUUUUGAUUUCACAAGCAGAUGCUUGUUCCUCAGUACACAGCUAUAAUCCACAAAACCGCGGUCAAGUCGAUCCAACAGGUUUUCAUCUUUUUUUUUUCUUUUCUGAGAACUGCGCUGUGGUGUUUGUUGUUCUACAUCAACCACUUCGAUCACACGUAACACUGUUCACACCACAGAGCCACAGUUAUACAAGGCUUCAAGACGGCAGAUUUGAGAUGGCCGAUGCUUAGUGAUCAUGUGAUCUGGUUUUACUGGGAUUGAGAGCAUGAAGAGUAUGACUGAACAUUCAGUUAAAAUCUGUGAAUUAUGAACAUGGUAACAGAGUUGCUCAGUGCUGGUAGAAAAUGCAGUGAAACUUGCUUAAACUGUCAGGAAUAAAACGAUAUUGGAUGAACAACAGAUCAAACAUUCACUCACUCACGCACACAAAAACACACCUUUUAUUUUCUUCACGCAAACAAAAUGUUUUAUCAUUUAAAGCAAGGAUGACUUCUUUUGCAGGAGGGGAAACAACAUCAGUGGUCUCUGCUAAAAUACUAGUAAUACAGACUUUUUUUUUUUUAAAGAGGAAAUUAAAGCCCAUGCCCUUUUAAGGACUUUUAUCCAGAACAGCUGCAGGUAGCCAGAAAAAAAAGGUAUUCCUACAGUGAAAAAUACAGUAUAUCAAAAUUCACACCUUAACAACUAAUAUAACAACUUUUUAAAACGUAAGUUACAAUAUUAUUAUACUGCUUUUGGGAAAGUUUAGUCUGCAGCUGUAAAGUGAUCAUUUUUAAAUUAACCCAAUGCAAAACUUGUUGGUUCCACUAAGAAACUAAGACCAUCCCUGGUUAAAAUGAUAAAACUAACUCAGUCUUUCGUGAAUGUAAAACCUUUACAGAUGAACUGACAUCUUCACCCAUGAAGCAAUAAAAUGGAUUUACAUAAAAUAAAAAAAAGAAAUGCAGGAUCAUGUCAUCAAGUUAUAAAGGCUAAUAAUAAAACUGCUGCAGCUAAAAUACGCUGUGCAGCCCAAUUGGCUGCUUUCUUUCAUAUAUUACAAUUUAUAUAGUACAAAUGUUAUGUUUAAAAGGUAUUAGGAGGUUUACACUUUACAUGUGCCUUUUGACAAGUACUGUAAGCACUUUAGUUUAUUGAAAAUUAUGCUGUUUUACAGCUGCUAACAAACAUGGUAUUAAUGAGGCUUUUCCAUUGUUAGAAAUACAUUUCAAAAGGCAGCUGUUAAGUGUUACCAAAUAAACAAACACUGAAACUGAAGGUAUCCAUCAAAAUAUGUUUUUUUACCCACUGAAGAGACAAAUUUUUGUCAUGUCGAUGAACAGUGCUGUUACAAACCAGCUAAACGCUCCACAGGUCUAAAGCUAGACUCACAAAAAAACAUCGAUUUGAAAUGAACUGUGCUUGUUCAUCGCGUCACUGUGGUAACUAAUGAGCCCUGUCGAAAACACACGUUAAAGUACAACAGCAGUACGACAGCUGUGCUGCAGUCGAAUCACGAACUGCCUGGUAUUACAUUAAACACGAUUUUAGACAUCGAUUUGUAUCAACACACACACACAGACUUUGUUCUGGUAACAUGGCAAAAUACUCUCAAACACACAUACACACACACAUACACACAGACCUUGUUCUGGUAACAUGGUAAAAUACUCUCAAACACACACACACACACAUACACACAUUGUUACAGCCUCUCCCAUUCACUUGAAUGCAGCUUUGGCUGGAGUGUUUUUGUGGGAGUGGUGAAGCGAAAGAAGGUGUAAGCGAAUGCAUCACAACACUCAUCAGGGAUUUGACUUGUUUUAAAGUACCAUAACAAAUAUGACACUUACAGAAUCCCCACAACAGUGUUUCAACAGUAAUGACUAAAGGGCACUGCGAUAAACUAGAAAAAAGCCUUCUUUUUUUUU